GGCUCAUUGUCUCGCUCUCACCACUAACGUUUCCCCUCUCUCUCCCUCUCUCUGUUCAAUUCUGUGUUAGCUGUGUUCUAUACAAUCUCUGUAUUUAUAUAUAUACAUACAUAUAGAUCUUUGUGAAUUCUGUUUUGAACAACAGUGUUCUUGUUCAGCUCUCUCUAUCUCUGUGUGGGUGUAAAAUGGAGCCAGCCAAGAUCGAUUGGAAAAGCAUAAAUUCGGUAUUUGUAGAGGACGAUCUGUAUGAGCACAUCAAUGCUCCCAAAUGGUUAGAUUUCUCUGCUCCAGAUCAAUCUGUUGAUGAUGAAGCUUGGUUCUGCAGACCUGAUUGCAAUCAUCCAAAGACAGUUGAAGAUUUCCUCAAAUCCACACCUCCUUCAAAGUUUCAGAGGUCAGCUAGUGUUUCUGAGAUCCUUCCACUUGGUGAUCGAAGUAGAAGAGAUGCUAAUUUGAAGAGAAGAGGACUUGUUCAACCUUCAAUUUCAUCUAACAAAAACUCCGAAUGUGAGAGAUUUAUUGAAGAUGGAGAGAAUCAAAACCCUAAUUUCUCUACUACUCCAAGUCGCCAGUACAACAUCAUGAAAGCAACAAUCAAAUCAAGUGCAGAGAAGAAGCAGAUUGAUAAUUCUGUGCAAAAGGAAGAGAUGCCACGGCUGAAAAGUACGUUAUCAGCACGAAAUCUGUUUGGAGGACGCGAUAUAAUGAAUCAGAUAUCGGAAUUUUGCAACGAGUUGAAGAGAUUGGCCAUGAGGACAAAAGAAAAAGAGAAUUCGGAGAGAUCAAAUGUGAAGAAGAGUCCGGUGGUGGUGAAGAAACAAGAGGGAAAAGAAUGGGGUGGUGAUAAUUUGGGGGAGGUGGUGGAUGAGAGGGAGAAGGAGAGGAAGCCAUUGCUUGAAGUAAGCAAAGAGAAAUGUGAGACUAUGCAGAAGAGCACUGUCAAGGAGAAGUUAAGAAGGAAGAAUAUGUUGUGCAGGAGAGCUGAUGAGCCAGAAAACAUUCCAAUCUGUGUGGAUUUGAAGAAUGUAAAGCGCAAAGAGGGGGAGAAUUUGUUGCAAAUUCGAACCUGUCCCCCCUCUCCUCAAUGUUUUUCGGCUACUCAUGGACCCGGCAAAUCUGUCCCUCCCAAAGCUUCCAGACCCAGGCCUCUGCCGGAAAGGGGAAUCCUUCAAGAGCUGGAGCAGAGCAAUACGGAGUUAAGAAAGGAGGAACCUGCAGACGAUAAUACUCGUGUAAAAAGUGCUUCUAUUGCUGCAGAAAAAGAAGCAAGAACUUUGGAUGUUUUCUGGUUUUUAAAGCCUUGCACUCUUUCUACCUAAAAACACAGUAAUGCAGUAAGCUUUUGAACCUCAAAACUCAAUUCUUUCAAUUCAUUUUUACCCUUAAAACUUAUCUGUUUCAUUCCAUUGGUAGUCUCCAUCAUUCGUUCAUAUUUCUUCUUGUUAAAUUAGAACAUUUACAUUCGUUUUUUUUCCGAUUCAUUUGGUCUCGAGAAGAAAAACUGUAAUUAAGAUAUCUAAUUGCUCUAUAAUUGUACUCGAAACCAAGUUCAGUGAAUAAAAUGUUAUAGUUUUACCUCGAUAA